UGGGAAAAAAAAAUGAUUCGUAUCAAACCAGAUCGCCGCCGUAUUGGGUUGACUUCUCUGUGAUUUUUGGAUGGGAAAUGAGGGGAUGGCGAAGAAGACGAAUCCAAAGUUAACCCUUUUGCCAUUGAUUGCUCUUAUUUUCUAUGAAGUUUCCGGCGGCCCAUUUGGCGUGGAGGAUUCAAUCAGGGCAGGCGGCGGCCCUCUUCUCUCCCUGCUUGGUUUCUUGAUUUUCCCUUUGCUUUGGAGCAUCCCAGAGGCUCUAAUCACAGCUGAGCUCGCCACAACUUUUCCUGAAAAUGGCGGAUAUGUGGUUUGGAUAUCAUCAGCUUUUGGCCCUUUCUGGGGCUUCCAAGAAGGCCUCUGGAAAUGGUUCAGUGGAGUUGUGGAUAAUGCACUUUAUCCAGUUCUGUUUCUUGAUUAUUUGAAGCAUUCGAUCCCCGUUUUCGAGCAUUUCUCGGCCAGGGUUCCAGCCAUGUUAGGGAUCACAGUUUCCCUGACUUAUUUGAACUAUAGAGGCCUCCACAUUGUUGGCAUUGCUGCUGUUUUGCUUGCAAGUUUCUCUCUUUUGCCGUUUCUCGUGAUGGGGAUUCUCUCGAUUCCUCGGAUUAGGCCUAGGCGAUGGCUUGCUGUGGAUUUCGGGAAGGUGGAUUGGAGGGUAUACUUCAAUAGCAUGUUUUGGAAUUUGAACUAUUGGGAUAAGGCCAGUACACUAGCCGGGGAGAUUGAUGACCCGAGCAGAACGUUCCCUAAGGCGCUGCUCGGUGCUGUUGCUGUCGUUGUUUCUUCGUAUCUGAUCCCGCUUCUUGCUGGAACUGGAGCUUUGAAGUCUGACCCUAGCCAAUGGAGUGAUGGGUAUUUUGCAGAAGUUGGAAUGCUCAUUGGUGGCUCUUGGCUCAAGUGGUGGAUCCAGGCCGCGGCUGCAAUGUCUAACAUGGGGCUGUUCGAGGCUGAAAUGAGCAGCGACGCCUUCCAGCUGCUCGGAAUGAGUGAAAUGGGGAUGCUUCCAUCUAUAUUUGCUUCGCGGUCAAAACAUGGGACACCUACUUUUAGCAUCCUAUGUUCUGCAACUGGGGUGAUUUUCCUGUCAUGGAUGACAUUCCAGGAAAUCUUGGAGCUUCUAAACUUCCUUUACUCCAUCGGAAUGCUUCUCGAGCUUGCAGCCUUCAUAACGCUGAGGAUCAAGAAGCCUGGUCUUCGCAGGCCGUACAAGGUGCCCUUGCAGACAUUUGGUGCAACAAUGCUUUGCCUGCCUCCAAUGUUGUUGCUUAUCCUUGUAAUGUGUCUGGCUUCUCCAAAGACAUUUUUUGUUAGCGGGAUAGUUAUCGUCGUGGGGUUUCUCUUGUACCCUGCUGUGGUUCAAUCAAAGGAGAGGUUUUAUUUCCAUUUUAACACACAAGAUUCAUCAGUGAUCAGUUCAAGUACUGGUUUUGAAGGCCAAGAAAUCAUGCCAGUGAACAGUCAAGAAGUAUCUGAUGAAGCUUCUCUCUACCUUCUAUCAGAUCCAUCCCCUUUGAAGGACCAAGCAGAGGUUGAAAUCAUAUCAGGAGUUUCAGAGCUACAGACUCUACAUCACACUAGUUCAAAGUCUCAAGACAACUAAUUUCUUACAUUGCAAAAAUGGUGUAGUAAUACAAUUUUGAUAUCAGAUAUUCAAUCAAUGCAUUAACAAGUUCUUAUUGUAUGGUUUUCCAGUUGUUC